UCUGGGCGGACGCUGCGGCGAGGGGCGGGGCCAGCGCGCGCGCUCCAAAAUGGCGGCGGCCAGUGUGGCCGGGCCGGCAGCUAACGUGUUCCCGUUCCGCGACUUCCGCGCCGCGCCGGAUCCGGUGCUGGAGGCGGGCCCUGUGGCACACGGACCACUGCCGGUGCCGCUGGUGCUGGACAAUGGGUCGUUCCAGGCCCGUGCCGGCUGGGCGUGCCCCGGGCCAGACCCGGGCCCCGAGCCGCGCCUGCAGUUUCGCGCCGUGUGCGCCCGCGGGCGGGGCGGGGCUCGCGGAGGGGCGGGCCCGCAGGUGGGCAACGCGCUGGGCAGCCUGGAGCCGCUGCGCUGGAUGCUGCGCUCGCCCUUCGACCGCAACGUGCCGGUCAACCUGGAGCUGCAGGAGCUGCUGCUUGACUACAGUUUCCAGCACCUGGGUGUCUCCUCGCAGGGCUGUGUUGAUCAUCCCAUAGUUUUGACAGAAGCCGUGUGCAACCCCCUGUAUUCCCGACAAAUGAUGUCCGAGCUUCUUUUUGAGUGCUACGGGAUUCCUAAGGUUGCCUACGGAAUAGACAGCCUCUUCAGCUUCUACCACAAUAAGCCAAAGAACUUGACUUCCAGUGGCCUCAUCAUUUCAUCUGGGUACCAGUGUACACACAUUUUACCCAUCUUAGAAGGGAGGUUAGAUGCUAAAAACUGCAAACGCAUCAAUCUGGGAGGAAGCCAAGCAGCUGGCUACCUCCAGCGUCUCCUCCAGCUGAAGUAUCCUGGGCACCUGGCAGCCAUCACUCUCAGCCGCAUGGAGGAGAUCCUGCAUGAGCACAGCUACAUAGCUGAGGAUUACGUGGAAGAACUGCAGAAAUGGCGGUGCCCUGAUUAUUAUGAAAACAACGUCCACAAGAUGCAGCUCCCAUUUUCCAGCAAGCUCCUCGGCAGCACUCUGACCUCCGAGGAGAAGCAGGAGAGGCGGCAGCAGCAACUGCGGCGGCUGCAGGAGCUCAACGCCCGUCGGCGCGAGGAGAAGCUGCAGCUCGAUCAGGAGCGGCUGGACAGACUGCUCUAUGUGCAGGAACUUCUAGAGGAUGGCCAGAUGGAUCAGUUUCACAAAGCUCUCAUAGAGCUGAACAUGGACUCCCCGGAGGAGCUGCAGUCCUACAUCCAAAAGCUCAGCUCUGCAGUGGAGCAAGCGAAGCAGAAGAUCCUUCAAGCAGAAGUCAACCUGGAGGUGGAUGUGGUGGACAGCAAACCAGAGACCCCUGACCUGGAGCAGCUGGAGCCAUCUCUAGAAGAUGUGGAAAGCAUCAAUGAUUUCGAACCCUUGUUUUCAGAGGAGACGCCCGAAGUGGAGAAGCCAGUCACCACUGUCCAGCCCGUGUUUAACUUGGCAGCGUAUCAUCAGCUGUUUGUUGGGACAGAAAGAAUUCGAGCUCCGGAAAUUAUCUUCCAGCCGUCGCUCAUAGGAGAAGAGCAGGCUGGGAUAGCAGAGACCCUUCAGUACAUUCUGGACAGGUACCCAAAGGACGUUCAGGAAAUGCUGGUUCAGAACGUUUUCCUCACUGGCGGGAACAUGAUGUAUCCAGGGAUGAAGGUUAGAAUCGAAAAGGAGCUGUUGGAGAUGAGACCCUUUCAGUCUUCUUUUCAGGUUCAGCUUGCCUCUAACCCUGUGCUGGACGCCUGGUACGGUGCUCGUGACUGGGCCUUGGACCACCUCGAGGACAGUGAAGUCUGGAUCACCAGGAAAGAGUAUGAAGAAAAAGGAGGAGAGUACUUCAAGGAGCACUGCGCUUCCAACAUCUACGUCCCCAUCCGCCUGCCCAAGCAGGCUUCUCGCUCCUCAGAAGCCCCGGCAUCUGGCAAAGGCUCGGGGGCCAGUGGAGGCGGUGCUGGCGAGUAGGCGUAACGGAGGGGUCCCCUCCAGGGCCCUUGGGCCCCAUCGGCCAGUGUGGCAGGACAGUGACUGUGCUAGCUGUGUCCGCCCUGAGUCUGCCGGUGACAUUGGGCUGCAAGAUGGAUUUCUCCUGGGGAGAACAGUUAGGGACACUGGGAGUUACCCUUUAGAACUGUGUUCAUUUGGGGGCUUCUGCAGUGAAGAAACUUUAAGUGGCCUUCUGGCAUCUUUGUUGAACCAUGGGAAAGCUGUGGCAUCCACUUUCUUCACCAGUAAAUGAAGACAGAGUGGAGGACAGAGGUGUACAAAAGGCACAAGGCUUGUUCCUUACUGAAUUUUGACUCCAUUCUUUAAAAGAAAAAAUCCUUUAAGAUUUAUAUUAUCAGUGUAGAUAUUCUUCUCACUUUAUUCAGAAAUUAUGUGAAUGCCCAGCAGGUGGAGGUCUUUCACAUAAAUACAUGAAAAAGGUACUGUUUAUGUAACAAAAGCAAUCACCCACGAAAUCUCAGGAGCUGGAAAUACUCCCCUCCUCCUAUUAUUUCCUCUUACACAUAAGGAAAAAGGGCCCAAAGAGGGUAACCAGAUCGUGCACAGUCACUGUUAGGGGCCUGCUUGGUGCCCACUUCUGAAAGGGCAGAAAUGAGGCCUUGGCUCAACUUUUGUUCAUACUUUCUUUGCUGGAAACGUUUUCCACCAUACGAGGGCUUCCUGCAUAUUUUUUAUUUCUAUCCCUGUGAGUUUGUUGGCUGCUUCACUUCUUCAGGCCUUCUGAAGAAGACACGGGUUGGAGAAGGUGACUCCUGUAGCCUUUCCAGUUUUGCCAUAACCUCAUAUUCGCUGUACCUUUGCAGCUUCCUCUGAAAUGGACAGAUAACCCCUCUCUGUGACAGAGAUUGCUUUGGUGAGAAUUUUAACUCUCAAACACACCCAGUAAUUGAGCCCAGAACUCCCCUGAGCUCCUAGUGUCCUUGUCACAGGAUCCAGACAUUUAAAUUCUGUGGAGCCUCUAGCCCAUGCCUCUGAUGAGGCCCCCUCAGAGCCUGUCUGCUCAUCCAGUUUACCAGGGGUGCUCACCUGGAUCUCCAGCUCUCAAGGGCUUUGACACCGAAGAGCAGGAGGGGGCAGUGGUGGUGGUGGAGAAGGCAGAAGACCCAAGCCAACGCAAGAUCUCCCAAGGCCUUGCCAGUGAGCCAUUGGCCGUCCGUGGCUGGGCCCAAGGCCUGAUGAGAUGCUGAUAAAAGAUGAUGUGAAGAAGAAGGCAGGACCAAC